UGUCAGCUGUUUUGUUGCCAUUAUCUGUUUAUAGUUUCGCAAUUUAAUUUGGACCGGCAAUUUUCGCGUCCGUUACCUAUUACUUUUUGGCAUUCAAACAUAGUCUAUCUGAUUCAGUCAUUGAAAUGGAAGCCGGCCUACAACUGAGUGAACCACAAAGUAAACGUUGGAGCCAUUUGAGAAAGAUUCUGGAAAGAUCGGGUCCGUUUUGCCCACCGAACUUUGCGGCAUCGACCGAAACACUGGAAUUUUUACUUGAUACUUGCAAGAUAUUAGUUAUUGGUGCUGGCGGUUUGGGAUGUGAAUUGUUGAAGGAUUUAGCAUUGAUGGGUUUCCGAGAUAUUCAUGUUAUAGACAUGGACACGAUUGAGUUGUCUAACUUGAAUCGACAAUUUUUAUUCCGCCGAGCUGAUAUUGGCAAGUCUAAAGCUGAAUGUGCUGCUACCUUUGUGAAUAGAAGAGUACCAGGUUGUGUUGUAACACCACAUUUUUGCAAGAUUCAAGAUUAUGACUCCAGUUUCUAUCGCCAAUUCCACAUAAUCGUUUGUGGAUUGGACUCUAUCGUGGCACGUCGCUGGAUUAAUGGGAUGCUGAUUUCAAUGCUUGAAUACGAAGAAGACGGUUCGGUGGAUGAGACAUCCAUCGUUCCUCUUGUGGAUGGUGGAACUGAAGGUUUCAAAGGAAAUGCUAGGGUGAUUUUGCCUGGAAUGACUGCCUGUAUUGAUUGUACACUCGAUUUGUUUCCACCGCAAGUAAACUAUCCAUUAUGUACGAUAGCAAAUACACCAAGGCUUCCUGAACAUUGUAUUGAGUACGUCAAGAUCAUCCAAUGGCCAAAAGAAUGUCCUUUCGGGACGGAUAUUAUUUUAGAUGGCGAUGAUCCCCAGCAUAUAACGUGGGUUUACGAGAAAGCUCAAGAACGAGCCAAUACAUACAACAUUACGGGACUAUCCUAUCGAUUAGUUCAGGGAGUUCUAAAAAACAUUAUACCAGCUGUGGCAAGCACUAAUGCAGUUAUCGCUGCUGCUUGUGCCACUGAAGUAUUUAAAGUAGCCUCCAGCUGUUGCGAACCCCUAAACAACUACAUGGUCUUCAACGAUAGCGACGGUAUAUACACUUACACUUAUGAGGCCGAAAAGAAACCCGAUUGUCUAGCAUGCAGCCAGGUGCCUCGUCCUGUUGAUGUUACUGAUCCAAAUACCAUGACACUGCAAGAUUUGAUACAAUUCUUGUGUGAUAGUCCCGACUUUCAAAUGAAAAGUCCAGGUGUUACGGCCAUUAUCAACGGCAAGAACAAAACACUGUACAUGGCAGCGGUUAAAAGUAUCGAAGAAGCGACUAAGGGCAAUCUGACCAUGUCGCUUGGUGAGCUUGGAUUGAAGGACGGUCAGGAGCUUACGGUCGCCGAUGUCACAAAUCCAAAUGCGAUAUUAAUUAAACUCAAGUUCCUUGGCAACGAAGUAGAAAUGGCUUAAAAAGUGUUUUCGAAUGAAAUAUCAAUAAUACAAAAAUAAAUAAGCUGGUAGAACCCAA